AUGAAGACCACAACUCUCAUCACUGCUGCCCUUGUAGCUUUCACCCCACUUGUCCAGGCAGACAACUGCACUCCGGGGCUCAAUUACUGUGGCUAUGGUCUCCUGAGGAAAGGAAAUUACUAUAACCAGAUCAAUGCUGCACUCCUAACCAACAGGCAGUCGACUGACUCCAACCACAUCAAUCAAUCUCUCUUCAUGUGUAUUGGAGGCAACAACGGGGACAUCAGCUUCAUCAAGUACUGCGGCACCUGCCAGGACGGUGGAUCUGGUCGCAGUGACCACUGCUAA